AUGUCACACACGUCGGAAGAAGAAUCCCUCAACAACUUCCAGCAGCAGGCAAAGCUAGAAGCUUGCCCUGCUGGGUCAAGCAAAGCUGACACAGAAAUGCCUGUAGUGAAAAAGAGACGAGGCCAUCCAGGAAUUCUAGAUGCUGAUGUGGAAGUAGUGGCUUUGUCACCCAAGACACUCCUGGCAACAAACAGAUACAUAUGUGAGGUCUGUCACAAGGGCUUCCAGAGAGACCAGAACCUCCAGCUCCAUAGGAGGGGCCAUAACCUACCAUGGAAGCUGAAGCAGAGAAGCAGCACUGAAGCUAAGAAGAAGGUGUAUGUCUGCCCUGAGGUCACCUGCCCUCAUCAUGAUGGAAGCCGAGCAUUGGGCGAUCUCACAGGCAUAAAGAAGCACUACUCCAGGAAACAUGGGGAGAAGAAGUGGAAGUGUGACAGGUGUUCAAAGAAGUAUGCUGUCCAGUCGGACUGGAAGGCCCACACAAAGAUAUGUGGCACAAAGGAGUAUCGAUGCGACUGUGGAACACUAUUUUCAAGAAAGGAUAGCUUCAUCACACAUCGAGCCUUCUGUGAUGCACUUGCUGAAGACAACUCCAAGGUUAACCAUAGCCUUGCAACAAUGGUGGGAAAUCUGCAUGGUCACCAGCAUGAUAUCUUUUCACAUGGAGUAACUGCCUUCCCCACUUCACCAACUGAUGUGAUGGCAAACUUGUCUAAUGCUCUGAUUACAAGAAACACAACAGUGUUCUCCAACCAGAUAUCACCCAAGGAUUCAGGCUUUCCACUUGAUGGAAGUGCGUCGAGUUACCCUUAUAUGUCCAUGAAUUCUCCAUACAUGUCUGCUACUGCACUGCUUCAGAAAGCUGCAGUGAUGGGUGCGAAGACCAGCCAGGAUCCUAUAUCACCAUUGCUCCUAAAAAGUUUCCCAAAUAACGUGACGACUCCUAGUCCUAGAGAUCACAUGGACAUAUCUUCUGGAAGCCAGGGAGACUCCCUCGGGAAUUCAGCAGCUAACAGUAUUGGCAUCAAGGCAGCUGAAGAUGAGGGCUCUUACAUGAGUGGUCGCGGUAACAUUCUGAUGAACACACCAUGGGUGAAUAGUUACAGGCCUACCACAGUGCCUUUAAUUGGACUAAUGAAUAAUCCAUUUGACAUGAGAGAAGAAAAGGAGAGCUCCGGCAUAUUUUCUGGAAGCCAAACGCAACACAACAGGCAGGAAAAUAUUUCAGGGGUAGGAGAUGCUGGACUAACCCAGGACUUUCUAGGACUAGGAGGCAGUGGGAAUUUGGAAAUGAGUUCUGAGACUUACAAUGCAGAUGUGACAGCAUUGAGCUAUUCUGAUGAGCAGCAGAAGUCGCAGGAACAUAUCUACUCUUACCAUCAGUCAUCUCUUGACUCCAUUGCACUGGAGAAACCCAUUUGGGAAUCAUGA